AUGACAGCAAAAACACUGUUUUCAUAUAACAUUGCAACAGCAUUUCUGUCCUUAAUUAUUGCAAAGAAAUGUGAAGCCUAUGAUGUGAUGUUGAAGCAGAGUCUUGUGCCUGAUGGGCAGCCUCUUGCUAUUAAGUGUUCACUGGAAAAGAGUUUGAAAAGUGGAGACUACAAUUUAACAUGGUAUAAAGUUGGUAACAAGAGAGCUGUGUCUAGAGACAAACUGUCUAGAGUUCAUCAGCAGAAGAAUCUAAUUUGGUUUCUUCCUGCCACAUUAGAAGAUUCUGGAGAUUACGAAUGUGUCGUAAGGGAUUUGACAAGCUGCAAAAAAAUGUGUACAAAAGUAACAGUUUUUGAGAGGAUUGAUGGUUUAUGCUUAAAUGAAAAAUUUGCUGUAGAGGAGGUGAUAUUCACAUCAUCUUCUGCAAAAGUUGUUUGUCCCCACUUGGAUUAUUUCAGGAAAGACAAGAAUAUUCAUCCUGUUCAUUGGUAUAAGGAUUGCCAGCUGCUGAAAGGAAAAAGGUUUGUCCUUUCAAACAGUGACCUUAUAAUUUUCAAUGUAACUGUACAUGAUGGAGGGAACUAUACUUGUGAAACAACAUAUACCUACAAUGGGAAACAAUAUAAUAUUUCACGAGACAUCAGUCUGGUUGUAGAAGUGACCCCACCAAAAAAGCCUCCAGAAAUUACUUACCCAAGAAACAACUCCAUUGAAGUGGAACUCGGCUCACAGGUUACUGUGGAUUGCAACACCACAGGUGCUGAUGGGUAUGAGGUGUACUGGACAGGACACGGUGUGUAUAUUGAUGUAUUUCACAUGAGCAGAAUUUUUGCAAGUCCCUAUGAGGGAGAAACUUCUAACGACGGGCGCCCUAUGCAUUCUGUGAAGCUGAUAAUUUCAGAAGUAAGCAGUGAGGACUAUGAACAGCCUUUUGUCUGUCAAGCUUCAAAUGCCUUUGGGCAAGUUGCAUCCUAUAUUAUAUUAAAACACAGAGUUCCUGACCUACGACGAUGGCUGACUGGAGGGCUUGUCUCUUUGUUAAUUUUAACAUUUAUUACUUUAAUAAUCUACAAGAUUUUCAAGAUUGAUUUGGUACUUUGGUACCGUACUUCUGUCUGUGCCCUUACAAGUAAGGAAGAUGGGAAAAUCUACGAUGCAUAUGUCCUGUACACAAAAAGCAGUGAAGGCAGAAGUAUAUGUUGUCUGGAAACCUUUGUUCAUAGGAUGCUCCCAGAUGUUUUAGAAAAACAAUGUGGAUAUCACCUUUUCAUAUUAGGAAGGGAUGAUUUACCAGGAGAAGCUGUGGUCAGUGUUGCUGAUGAAACCCUUAAGCAAAGCAGAAGACUGAUGAUUAUUUUGGGAUCAGAAACAUCCAGGUGCUGCCUGUUGGAAGACACCUCUGAGCAACAGCUAGCUAUGUAUAAUGCUCUCAUCCGUGAUGGGAUCCAAGUGAUUCUUAUAGAAAUGGGUGAAAUACAGGACUAUACCAGCAUGCCAGAAUCAAUCAGAUACAUUAAGCAAAAACAUGGAGCUAUUCAAUGGAAAGGGGACUUCUCAGAGAAAUCUUGUUCAGCAAACACAAGAUUCUGGAAAAAUGUGCGUUAUCAAAUGCCGCCCAGGAAAAAGGGAUCUUAUUCUGAAGUGUAUUCCUUGCCCCUAACUUCAAACAGUUCUGCAGCAAAGGAAAGUUAAGAAGCACUUAUUUAAAUAAUACUAAGAAGGUAAUUCUGAAUUGGGAUGUUUCUUGCAUAUUCUUUAUACUACAAAGUGGAUGUUUUCUUUGAGGAGUAGAAACUGCUCAUCUCUUCCAUAAAUUACACCCUAAAGGAAAAAACUCUGUGCAACUUUGUUACUUCUGGGUUUUGGAUAGUGCCACAAUUCAUUGUCUUAGUCUCCAUUAAGUAUUAUAGGUAAACAGGGUGAUGAUGAUAGGUUAUUAAGUAGCCGUGGUCCACAUAAAUUUGUAUGAAUAAACAGCUGUGAAGUCCAUUUUUUAAAAAUCAAAACUGCAGUUGAUAAAAUUAAAAGUCU